AGAACAUAAACAAACUACUAUCGCUCCUCUACUACUAAACUCUUUCUUACAAUAUGGAUCCAUUGAAAACAGAAGAAAAUCAUGAAACGCAAUCAAAGAGUUUUAAAACAAAGCAAAUACGAAUGAAUGAAUGGAAGCAUCCAUCAGAGAAAGUGGAUGGUCGAUGGUUGCAGUUGGAUGCAAGAGUUAAUCGUACUGUUGAAGAUCUUGAAAUUUCGAACUAUAACUUGCAAAUAAUCAAUGAGGGCUUGGAAAAAAAAUUAGAAGAAGCUACAACCCAAUCUUCACCGGAAGAAAAGCAGGCUCCCAGUAGCCUAUUGCAAACAAAAGCAGAUGAAGAAAAGGUUUUGCUGCAUUCUGUCAAUAAUGUACUAGACAAUUUCAUUUCAAUUGUUGAUGGGAUGGUUCAACAAGCAAAUGAUGUCUUGGAUGACUAGUAAAGCAGGGUAGAUCUCCAUUUUACCAAACAGCAUAGCCUUUCCAAAAUCUGAAUCCCGGCUUGAUUUGCUUCAGGUUGGAUGCUUGAGCCCCUGUACUUAAUGAUACAGUGAAAAGAGACCUGUUCUUUAGCAGGCCACACAUUGAGAUAUCUCUCACCUUAAAACACACAAGAAAACAUCAUGCUGAGUUUCAAAAAUUAUAGCAUUCAAAUAUUGAAUUUCAUCUCUUGAUUAGGCCAUCUACUUUGAGCAUUUACAUAUUUAUUGUCAAAACAAAAGACAGAGGAAGAUUUAAUUGUAUUUAUUCUUUAAGUUAAUAUUUCAGAAAAUAUUUUUCUCAUUGUAUCCGGGCCUUAAGAGUGGAAUUUCACCUUGUCCUUGGUGGUCCCUACUUCUCCAAAGUGUUGCCAAGUUCCUACGCGAGCCAUCAUCCAAAA